AUGGUGUCAGAAAAUGGAGUGCAGGAUCCGGAAAUAAGCUUAGUGCGACUUAUCCUUUCUUGUAUGGUCGCCGGAGGAGUGCAAUAUGGCUGGGCGCUUCAGCUCUCUCUCCUUACACCUUAUGUACAGACACUUGGGCUUCCUCAUUCUCUGGCUUCUAUCAUGUGGCUUUGUGGCCCCAUAGCAGGUUUUGUUGUUGGACCUACAAUUGGUAUGUGGAGCGACAGAUGUGGUUCAAGAUUUGGAAGGAGAAAGCCAUUCAUUCUUGCUGGAUGCUUUAUUAUAUGUUGUGCUGUAAUGGUUAUUGGUUUCUCGUCUGACAUUGGCUCUGCACUUGGUGACACAAUGGAAAAUUGCAGCACCUAUGUUGGUCCUCGAUGGAAAGCAGCUCUUAUUUAUGUGGUUGGAUUUUGGGUGCUGGAUUUCUCUAACAAUGCUGUUCAAGGUCCAGCUCGAGCGAUGAUGGCUGAUCUCUCUGGCAGCCAUGGAUGCAGCACAGGAAAUAUAAUCUAUGCAUUUUGGAUGGCUUUUGGAAACAUCCUCGGUUAUGCUUCUGGUGCCAGUGGAAGUUGGCACAAGUGGUUCCCAUUCUUGAUGACAAAUUCUUGUUGUGAAGCAUGCGCGAAUCUGAAGGGUGCCUUCUUGAUUGCAGUGAUAUUCCUUGGAAUUUGUUUAGCAAUUACUCUCAUAUCUGCAAAAGAAGUUCCGCUGUCGGAGUUGGAUGCAGAGGCAUCAAAGGAGAAUUCUGGAUUCUUUUUUGUUUUCAAAGCUUUCAAGAACUUGCCUUCUGGAAUGCUCUCUGUUCUUCUUAUGACAUCUCUCACAUGGAUGGCAUGGUUCCCUUUCAUCCUCUACGACACUGACUGGAUGGGCCGUGAGAUCUACCAUGGCGAUCCUAAUGGCACAAAAGAAGAAAUUGAAGCUUUUAAUAAAGGAGUUCAACAAGGUGCAUUUGGGCUGCUGCUGAAUUCGAUUGUUCUUGGUAUCACUGCAACGUUGCUCGAGCCAAUGUGCCGAAAGUUUUCUUCGAGAGUCGUGUGGGUCAUCGGCAACUUCACUCUGUUCCUCGCCAUGGUUGCCAUCACUGUCCUAAGUGCUAUUUCUAAUAAAAGCUUCACAGGAAGCAUCAGCACCGCCGUCAGGGGACCUGAUGGCAUAAAAAUUGGAGCUUUGGCCAUUUUCACAGCCCUUGGGUUUCCUCUAGCUAUUCUAUAUAGCAUUCCUUUUGCAACUGCUGCACAGCUUGUUGCGAACGAAGGAAGCACUCAACAAGGGUUAUGCACAGGAGUUCUGAAUGUCUCCAUUGUGGUUCCUCAGGUGAUCAUUGCACUCAGUGCUGGUCCUUGGGAUUCACUAUUUGGCAAGGGAAAUGUGCCAGCUUUCGGGCUCGCAGCAGCUCUUGCAUUUGUUGGUGGCUUUGUAGGUCUGGCUUUAUUGCCAAAGCUCUCUCGCAACACAUUGAUGAGUAGCAGCUUCGGAUCAAUGCACUGA